AAUGUUGAAAGGGCUUUCAUUAAUGGUGUAGUUCUGAGAAAAGGAUGUAAAGCAACAUAAAAGAGUCAGGAUUUGAUUUUUACUGAGAUAAGUUGAAAGAAUAAUUCACCUUUAGUAAAUGUAUUUCUUCUUUCAUGUUGUUUUAUGUGUUGCUCUUUCUAGUAUUCCAUGCAUGGUUGCAAAAAAUAUAUAUACAUUAAGAAUGAAUCCCUCAUUGAUGUGACUUAAUGAUGUCUAUAAUUUAUGUUUGCCUAAUUCUCUGUGUUAAUAAAAAAAAAUCACCAGAGAUCCAUAAAAUUAAAUGGCUGGUUUUGUCCUGGAGCAACUACACACUAUGCUUUUACUUUAGGUGUAUUUCUGACAGAAGACAUGAAGUCAGUUCUUCUGAGCAAUGUAAUCUGAUACUGAAAAAGUAAGUUGUUAAUUGUAUUAUUUUUUAGAAAGUAUGGAGUGGGUUUUUUAAAAGGCUAGGAGAUUGCAUUUCAAAUACACUUCCAGAAUUUUGUAUGGCUUCCCAUCUUUCUCAGAGACAAAAAGUUACCUAAAGAUUUGAAACUGAAUAUAUGGGCCAACGUUUCCUAUUGUGCAAUGACUAUUUUAGUUCGUAUCGAUACUGAGGCUCAUCUGCAUUUUUGAAAACCCCCCGGUUCUGUGAAUGAAAACCACGGCAUCAGGACCAGGCGCUCUAUUUCCUGUAGCCGAAACCAGCCACCUACCACAAGAACUGGUAGACAGGACCCGCUUCUCUGUCCCGAGUACUCAGAUAAGGCUGAGCAUUGAAAACUGACAACACGAUACAGCAUGCGAUAUACCAGUUAUCAUUGUAAAGAAAGUAUUAGUCAGACAGGUGUAAAAUUCCGGCUCCUGAGGUAGGAAAGCUCCGUACACUGAGCUACAUUUGGAGAAAUCGGUACCUGCAACUGAGACCUCGAGAGGAGUGAGCUUGAGGGAUGCCCGAGGUCAGAGGGGCCGUACCCAGAGCCAGCGACGCCGUGGGAAUCCGCAGCAGCCCCUCAUUUGUGCCACAGUGAAGGGAAAUGCUGAGACAACCCGAUGAGCGCUUUCAGCCACGGGGUCCCGAAGCAACGCCGUGUGCCUCGCUCCGCCUAGGCACUGACUGGCUUGUAGCUGUCACAGAUGUGGCAGCGACAGUCCCUGCGCCCCAACCCCGGCGGCCUCACCGGGCCGGCUGUCACGCCGCUACCGCCUCCCCCCUCGCUGCAGUGUCGCGCUUGCCGCCCCUCUCCGGCUCCCCCUGCCCAGCUGCUCGGGCGUCCCGGCGGGGGCUGAGCCGCCGCGUUGUCGCUGUUGCCGCCGCCGCCGCCGAGGCCGGUCCGCCCGCCGCCGCCCCUUCUCUUCCCUUCCCUUCCCCCGCCACCGCACAUGCCCAGAAGGGCGGGAGCCGCGGCGAGCCCGAGCGCUGCUGUGACAGCGGCGGCGCUUUCCCUUCCGUGGGUGGGUGGGGGCCGCGCCGCGCCCCCCGGCCCGGCCCGGCCCGGCCCGGCGGAAACACUGCGCCGGCCGCCUGCUCGCCCAGUGCCUUCCCCGCCGCGCCCCGAGCCCGCUGCCGCCGCGGGGCGGGAGGCGGCCAUGUCGCUAUUGUCUGCGCUGGUGCCCUUGCUCCGGGUGUACUGCAUCGGCCUCCGCGUCAUCCUGCACCAGCUGCGCCGCCGCUUCCAGCCGCGGUGCGCCCCGGCCUCAGUUUUCCCUACACAAAAUGGAAAGGUUGCUAUAGUGACUGGAGGCACUAAAGGAAUUGGUUACCAAACUGUGAAGCAUUUGGCAAGACUUGGCAUGCAUGUGAUAAUAGCUGGAAACAGUGAAAGAGAUGGCCAAGAAGCGGUGAGGAAAAUAAAAGAAGAAACUUUGACUGGAAAAGUGGAGUUUUUAUACUGUGAUUUGGCUUCCAUGAAGUCUAUACGGCAAUUUGUGCAGCAGUUUAGAGCAAGGAAUUGUCCACUCCAUGUCCUGGUGAAUAAUGCUGGGGUGAUGCUGGUCCCUGAAAGGAAGACGGAGGAUGGGUUUGAGGAGCACUUCGGCUUGAACUACUUGGGACACUUCCUGUUGACUAACCUCCUCUUGGAUACGCUGAAGCAAUCAGGAACGCACAGUCACAACGCUAGGAUCAUCACUGUCUCAUCAGCCACCCAUUAUGUAGGCAAAUUGCACCUAAACGACUUACAAAGCAGAUGUUCGUAUUCACCCCAUGGAGCCUAUGCCCAAAGCAAACUUGCCCUUGUGUUAUUUACCUAUCGACUACAGCAUCUUCUGACUGCAAAUGGAAGCCAUGUGACUGCUAAUGUAGUAGACCCUGGAGUAGUGAAUACUGAGCUCUACAAGCAUGUCUUUUGGGUUGUGAAAGUGGUCAAAUGGAUGACAGCCUGGCUAUUUUUCAAGAGCCCAGAGGAAGGAGCCUCUACAACCAUCUAUGCAGCAGUGUCGCCCGAGCUGGAAGGAGCUGGUGGUUGCUACCUUUACAAUGAGGAAAGGACAAAAUCGGCUGACGUGGCAUAUGAUGAGGAGCUGCAGAGAAGGCUCUGGACAGAAAGCUGCAAGAUGGUUGGGAUUUCUGAUGAAGCCAGCAGGCUUCCAUAGAAGAAGCCACUUUCAGCUGGGUAAAUGAAAUGCAUUGAAAAGCAUCUUAGGUGAAUUCUUGCAGCAUCAGUCAUCAUCCUGGAAAUCACUGUUCAGUCCCAAAGGCAAACAUGAACAGCUCUGUUCUUCACUUGAAUCCCUAAUCUGCUAGGGUGUGGGGGGAAUAUUCCCACAGAAAGGUGUAGUGGUUGGUUUUAAAUCUAACCAUCAGUUUUGUAAAUCAUUCUGUUUCAGUCUGUGAUUAAAAUACAAUCUUUAAACAUG